AUGUAUAAUUUAAAGAAAUAAUUAUAUUUAUGGUUAGGCUACUCAUUAUCAAAUUAAUUAUGGAAAUUGGUUGAACAGUUGGAAGAUUAUUCAUAAAAGCAUUUAAUAAAAUAUUCAAUUAAUUCAUUUGUAAGAUUAUUAGAAUAAGAGGGAAAGUCUGCAAAUCCAUUUUGUGAAUUUCUGAAUCAAACUAUGAAAGCAGCAAAUUUAAAUCACAAACCUAUAACAUAAGAUGAAGUAAUCAAAAUAUUAUAAUUAAAAGCUGAGAAGGAUAAUGCAGAAAGAAAAAUUAAAAGUAUUAAUUGUAACUGAGGACUAAGAUAUAUUGGAUAAAGUUACGUAAGAACGAUUCAGUAAAUUGAGGAUCAAUAAAUAUUCUAUCAAUAAUGCACAAUGCUAAAAGUGAGUU